CCUCGGCCGAGCUGUACGCCUCCUCCUCACAGCCCGACAUGGAGCCGCCGGUAACCACCGAGAGCCGCCGCCGCCGCCAGAGCGCCGCCCCCGCCGCCGCCGCCGCCCUCCAGCGCCCCCUAGAGGGGAGGACCCCGCUGUCCGCCCUGGAGGGAAGCCCGGCCCGCAGCCCCUCCGCUUCCGGGUGGCGCCCCGCAGCCGUUGCCAUGGCAGCGCGGUGCUGGUUGGUGGAUGGAGGUGCCUGUCAGCGCGCUGCGCUCUCCUAUUGGUCGAGGCGGGGGGAGGAGGGAGGGGCUGGUGAAGCGAUGGAGGGCGGCGAGGCGAGCGGCGGGCUGCUGCAGCAGAUCCUCAGCCUGCGCUUGGUGCCGCGCUCCGGUAACGGCACCGCCGCCUACUCCAACCCGCUGGCGGCCUUCUCAGAGAUGUGGUACGGGGUGUUCCUCUGGGCGCUCGUCUCCUCGCUCUCCUUCCACGUCCCCGCCGCCCUGCUCGCCCUCUUCACGCUGCGGCGCCACAAGUACGGCCGCUUCAUGUCGCUGGGCCUGCUGCUGAUGGGCAUCGUGGGACCCAUCACCGCCGGCAUCCUCACCAGUACGGCACCGGCCGCUUUGGGCAAAAAACACCCAGGUGCUGCCAUCGCAGGAGUUUACAGAGCCGCAGGGAAAAACAUGAUUCCCUUCGAAGCCCUCAUUUUAGGCGUGGGUCAGACGUUCUGUGUGGUGGUGGUUUCGUUCCUACGGAUUUUAGCCACUCUCUAGCUUUCUUUCGGAUGUUAGCGCUUGAAAAUGGAAGGGACUCCAAAGACCUGCCCCACUCCUGGGCUCUGUGAAUCGAGUAACAAGGGAGCGCAACUCGAGGGGUGCCUCAGUGUGCGCUUCCUCCCCUGCUCGAGGCCGUGUGAAGGCUUUCUGCCUCCAGGCUGGUGGCAGAGCCUGAUCUGAAGGGCUAUGUGCCACAAACGUGCACUGGAGAACGUGCUUUCUGUAACUUCUGUUGCUCGUGUGCCACCGUAACGGCUGGGCUAGCUCCCCCUGGCACUGCUGAAGCUGUGCCACUGAUCCGUGAGCAAACAGCUGCAAGCAACGCCCAGCUGCUUCCUGGCUAAAAUGUUCCACUAAAGGGGUCCCUGGUCUGCUUUAGAAAUUAAGAUGAGAUUUAAUUUUGUUACAUUUUCGUAACACUAAGUGCCAAGUGAAACUUUAUUUCCCUGGGGGAGGCUCAGCUACCUUCUGCAGGUGACAAAUUGUGGCAGCAGCAGAGCAUAACUGAACAGCAGCCACGCCUGCUGUGGUGUCUUCAGCGCUCAGUUAAUGCUUUGACCUCUUGCUGCUUUGUUUGCAGUGAGCCCAAAGCUCUUUUAGUGAGAAAUUUCCUUUAUUGUUUUUCUUCUGGCCCUAUCUUUGCUCAUGGUGAAGUUGGGGAGCAGCAAAAGGAAAAAUCAUAGCUGAGAAUGAAACCUUGCGGCCGAGAGCUGUGAACAUGCCUCGGGGCAAGGGAAAUGGUGUGAAAGUUGUGAUUCUAAUCAAUUUUAUUACUGUGAAGCUCUUCAGACACUGGACGUCCUGCCCGGGAGCUGCACCCCGCUGCCUGCAGCAGCAAUCCCAGGGCACGUGUGAGCGUGCACGGUUGUUUCUCGGGCUUUGGAGGAGAUCUGUGUUCCUGAACUCAUCCUGAUUUCACCUGCUGAACGUGCUCACGUCGGUGUGGGAGAAUUGGACAUCUUCACUGGCGUGCAAGCAUAAUUCUAGAUGCCCCUCAACCCCUACUGGCCGAGGUGCACUCCCUCCUAACACACUGGUUUAGCUUUAAGUGGACUUUUCAUUAAUUCUUCAUCUGCCCCUUGCCUGGAGGCGUGCUGUGCGCUCAGGGCACUCAGGUGUGCUCUCUGGGGGGUGGUUUUUGGGGCCGUGGGGAGGCUGGGGCUGAAUCCUGAGGCUUUUGCUGCGUGGAGUAGCCAGCCCCAGGGCUUUGCUGGGGUCCCUGCUGUUUUGUGGCUGCUGCCAUCAUCUGGGUUGCAGCAGGGAGGCACCAUCCGUGUCCGGCCUUCCAGGCCACGCUUCCCACCUGGGUUGUUUCUGAACUCGUUGGGUUUCCAGAGCAGCUCGCCCUCCGUGUCUAAUCCCCCCCGUACGGCCAGUGGUGUUCCACAAAGGUGAUGAAACAGCCCUGAACGGGAUCACGUGCAUCAUGAAAAAGAAAUUCUCUCGCUGUGAUAUGACUUCUCUUGAUCAGUCCUCUGGCAGCGGAUGGAGAAAGUUGUUUUUCAGGAGCUUGAAGGAGAAUACGCUCAAUUUUAGCCUGUGUUAAUCCAGGGAAUAAAGCUGUGAAUUUUAAGAGCUGAAUGCAAA